AUGUCGUCGCAGACCAUGACGGCGCCAGCAGUGGGCCAUCGACCGCCUGAUCCAGGCCCCGAUACGCCCAUGUAUGACUAUGGCGGCUCCCAACACGACGACUCGCCUUUACCCGACUCGAGGAGCGACUCCGCAAUCCGCGACAUGCAUAAUAAUUCUGCCCCAACGUCGAAGGGCUUGCCCGCCACCCCAAUCGGAAUUAAAACGGAACCCGUGGAAAGUCAGGACUUAGCUGCGUCGGAGCAGCAGAAGGAUCUCAAUACUCAGUCGGCCGCCGGCGCGCUACUGGCCCAACUACUCGGAAAUCAACCCGCGCCGACGAACUCUGCAUCGACGACAGAGCUGACCGCGGCGCAUGAGACAGGGCCGCAGGAUGUGAAAAUGAGUGAGGCAGGGAUGCAAGAUGCUAGCCAGAAUCCGCAGGGCAUCAGCACAGCGUCCGGCGCGACCCUCCCAGCGGAGCUGGCAGCCUCGGCUUCUCCCAAGGGGCUGCAAAGCAUGUCCAAUGGCGGUGGGAAAGCCACUGGUGACAUCUUUGCUGGAGUUGGUGCGACGUCGCCAGAAGGAAGCAACUCGGGACCUCAGCCAUCUAAUGGGAUGGAUAUCUCCGACCCAUUAAAUCCUAAGACCAGCCUGGACCAGCAACCCUCGCUCCUCCCCGCUUUCGAUUUCGCCGUUGCCCCUACGAAUGCCUUCGAGGCUUUGCAACAAAAUGAGAUGUUGACCGCCGCAUAUCUGUCACAUAGCGCCGAUCUGUCGGCGUUGGGGUAUCAGGAUGGAUCGGCCUCGAUUGCCGGCUCGGAACCCCGUAUCCAAGCGUUCGCCAAGUUGGAGUUUGACGACGGCCAUUUCUACGUCAACACAUAUUCGUUCAUUCUGGGACGCGACGUUCGAGCAGCACGCGCCGCUCACCAGCGAGAGAUUCAGUAUCGGCAGGCCGUGCGGAGCUCUCGGGCCAAGAGUUCCAGCGGAGGCAACACUUCCCAUACUCCGAACCGCAUGAAGCGAGAGGAAAGUGCCGCUGUAAUGGGCUCCGUGGUCAGCGAUCGAGGCGGUAUCAUGGGCUUUGAUCCAGAUGUUCCCCCGAAUCUCCCUGCCAAUUUAAAUCUGAGCCGGCGCUCCUCGAAAUCUUCUUUCGAUGAUUCAGUCGUGCCCCUGCACGCCAAUCCUGCUCAAUUGCAGGCCACAACCGACUACAACGCCCUUGCAAUGCAGUCUCUACAAGACGGCAAUGGCGAUCCGAAACCAGUGGAUACAUUGGCUUUACUCCCGUCACCGGACUCGUGUCCUACCAUCCCCAUUCAUCCUCCAUCCACUAUUGACGGUACUGCCGCUGGCCACCGCGGAAUUUCUCGACGGCACGUUCGAAUUUCCUACAAUUUUGACCGCAAUUUGUUCGAGAUGGAGGUGAUGGGCCGUAAUGGAGCGUUCAUCGGAGCUGAUUGGCUUUCUCCUGGACAAGUACGUCCUCUUCACAGUGGUGAUUACAUCCAGAUCGGAGGAGUGCGCAUUCGUUUCCUACUUCCCGAUGUCCCCAUUGGUGAGACCGGAGCGGAUCGUAUUGAAGAGCAAUUGGCAGAGGAAGAGGAAGCCGAUCGGGGCUCCGUCGAUGCGGAGCACGAGAUUGACGACAUGGAUAAGCCUUUGAGCGACAGUCCGGACAGCAAGGAGCCUUCCAAGGUGACCAAGAUUGUCCUCAAGACCAAGGAUUCCGAUCUUUCGAAGCCGAUAGCCUCGAUUGAGGCAGUCGGAGAAAAUGGAGGACAGCCUGCCCGCCGACGCGGACCGGGGCGCCCCCCAAGGAUGCGCGAAAGAGCAGAAUUGGCCCGGGAACAGAAGAUGGCCGCGAAGCGCGAAGCCAAUGGAGGCGUUACUCCCCCGCCACCGAUCAACCGACCCAAGGCUGGAAAGACAAUUACCAAGGAGUCGGUUGGCGCCGAGUCACCGACGUCCAGCAAACCUGCCGAGAAACGCAAGUACACCAAGAGGAAGAAGGGAGACGGCACGAUGGAUUUCGCCCUGCCAUCAACGGAGGGAGGCCAGUUCUCUGCAGAGCAGCGACCCGAGGAAUAUGUCAAACCACCUCCCGUCAAAAAACGCAAGCCUUCACGGUCUCCGUCUCCCAAUUAUCCUCCCGAGUCCGCGUAUACACCCGAGGAUCUGGCCAAACCUCCGUACAAUUACGCUGUUCUUAUCUUCGAUGCUCUGACGGAAGCUGGAAACCCGAUGACGCUGAAGCAGAUCUAUCGCGCAUUGAAAUUGAAGUACCCAUACUUCCGCUUCAAGUGCGAAACAGAGGGUUGGACAUCCAGUGUACGGCACAACCUCAAUGGCAAUGGUCAUCUAUUCAUGCACGCCGAGAGAGAUGGGAAGGGCUGGUCCUGGCAACUUCGACCUGGCGCAUCCGUUGAGAAGGAGAAGAAGAGACGUCCUUCCCCUCCACCACCGCCGCAGCCUCCGCAGCUGCCGACGCCCGCUACUCAACAGUAUAUGCCUCCUAUGCCCCAUUCCUAUGCUCCUCCAACAGGUGGCCCUCCUCCGAUGCCAAAUCAGCAUCAACACUUCCAAUUCCCUACCAUGCCAUCAACCGCCUUUUCUGCGCCGUCCGCAGCUCCUCCUCAGCACUCUAGCCCCUAUGCACCACCUCCCCCUCCCCCUCCUCCUGCUGCUGCUUCUGCUCCUCCACCGGCUCCAGCUCCGGCUUCAACUCCUGCCCCGGCUUCUGCUCCAUCUUCUGCCCCAGCAGUCCCGGCUCCAGCUACAGUGCCUCCCCAAGCUCAGGUUCAGCCUCAGCCUCAGCCUCAGUCUCAGGUUCAGGCUCAGUCCCAGGCCCCGGCCCCGACUCCUGUUGCAACUCCAGCGCCUGCUCCGGCACCUACUCCGGCACCCGUUCCUGCUCCUGCAUCCUUCCCAAUUCCAAGCACUAUUCGCAACAAUCUCCCCGCCGCUUUCGCCCAAACAAUCCCUUCAACCUACACCUCCCCUUACGCCUCCAACCCUCCGCAGGUAUCGCAUAUGCAGCAGUCGCAGACCUCCCAGUCUGUUUCAAGGCCGCAGGUACAGCAGCAGCAGCAGCAGCCACCACCGCAGCAAUCACAACAUCAAUCUCCUUACGCACCACCUCAAAAGCCGCCCCCAUCCCAACCGCCGCACAUCAACCAACAACCCCAAACCUACCCUCCUCCCUCUGGGCCGCAGUUUCAACCUCAGCAUCAAUCUCAGCAUCAGCACCAGCAUCAGCAUCAGCACCCGCAUCCCCACCAGCACCAACACCAACACCAGCAUCAGCAGCCGGUCCAUUCGCAGCCGCAUCCACCUCCCCAGCACCAUGUUCCGCCGCAUCACCAACCGCAGCAAUCUCGUCCGCCACCCCCAGGUCCGCCGGCACAUUCUCAACAGCCGCAUUCUAUGCCUGUGCAGUCAAAUGGGCCGCCUCCGCCAGGUCCCUCGGAGUCCUCUUCGUUUACUGAACGUGCCAACAAGGCGAUUGAUGACUUUGAGGCUGUUCUUAUGGAGGAUUACGAAGACAAGAACUAUAUCCGGGAGGUCCUCCGCAGCGCACGGGCCCGGGUCCUGGGCAAUGCCACUGAGAGCUCUUUCCCCGGCGGCGAACCGAAGGAUGAAGGCGUCAUCAUGGAUGUUCUCCGCAAUUUGGUCGGAAGCCUGAAGGACGAGUAA